AUGGUUGUUUUGCCAAAUGUCAUUGGAGCAACAAACGAUGGACUAGGAAGUCAACUUUUUGUGUCCGAGUUAAUGGAAUCAAGAGCAGGGAUAUCUUUCUACAGCUGUAGUUACUGCAAUUUCUCUGGAUGUGGCUGGCGCAUUAUAUUUUUUGCACAAACGAAAACCACGCUACAUUAUCCAGUGACGACAGGCUGUCCAAUGGGAGGCAAAGUGUCAGAUUAUGGUACUGCUGAUUUCAUACAGCAUGUAUUGUACGUUUGUAGGGGUGCUGCGGUAUACAAUGCUCCUGAAGCAAAGCUAAAACUCAAACUGUCAGGGUAUGAUGUCUGCUAUCUUUAAUCUGUAUUUGCUAUUUAUACAUGACCUGACAAACGGGGUCUUUGAGUUCUCAUCCGGAAGAUUUGCAUCAAGUUUCUCAAGAGAGACAGGAAGUCAUCAAUAGUGAACUAGAAAAACUAGUUCAAUUCCUUCCCAGCAGCGCGCAUUCUCAUUGGGUACUUCGAGUUGGUAACAUGUCAUUUAACAAUGAAACUCUCUGAGUGGGCAACGUUGCGAAAUACUUGACGUCAGAGAGUGCACAUUACCCCUGAAUGUCGACCAACGAAUAUUAAUAUAUGUUGUCAAUUAUCAUCGUUCGUUUUUUCGUGUUAAGGUCGAUCUGUACAGCUUUGAAGGUGUUCUCCUCUGUAACAUAA